AUGGUGUACGUCCCACUACCAACGUUGUACGUCCCACUACCAACGCUGUACGUCCCACUACCAACUCUCUACGUCCCACUACCAACGUUGUACGUCCCACUACCAACGGUGUACGUCCCACUACCAACGCUGUACGUCCCACUACCAACUCUCUACGUCCCACUACCAACGGUGUACGUCCCACUACCAACGGUGUACGUCCCACUACCAACGGUGUACGUCCCACUACCAACUCUGUACGUCCCACUACCAACGCUGUACGUCCCACUACCAACGGUGUACGUCCCACUACCAACGGUGUACGUCCCACUACCAACUCUGUACGUCCCACUACCAACGGUGUACGUCCCACUACCAACGGUGUACGUCCCACUACCAACGCUGUACGUCCCACUACCAACGGUGUACGUCCCACUACCAACGGUGUACGUCCCACUACCAACGCUGUACGUCCCACUACCAACUCUGUACGUCCCACUACCAACGGUGUACGUCCCACUACCAACGCUGUACGUCCCACAACCAACUCUGUACGUCCCACUACCAACGGUGUACGUCCCACUACCAACUCUGUACGUCCCACUACCAACGCUGUACGUCCCACUACCAACGGUGUACGUCCCACUACCAACGGUGUACGUCCCACUACCAACUCUGUACGUCCCACUACCAACGCUGUACGUCCCACUACCAACGGUGUACGUCCCACUACCAACGGUGUACGUCCCACUACCAACUCUGUACGUCCCACUACCAACGCUGUACGUCCCACUACCAACUCUGUACGUCCCACUACCAACGCUGUACGUCCCACUACCAACGGUGUACGUCCCACUACCAACGGUGUACGUCCCACUACCAACUCUGUACGUCCCACUACCAACUCUGUACGUCCCACUACCAACGGUGUACGUCCCACUACCAACGCUGUACGUCCCACUACCAACGGUGUACGUCCCACUACCAACGGUGUACGUCCCACUACCAACGCUGUACGUCCCACUACCAACUCUGUACGUCCCACUACCAACGGUGUACGUCCCACUACCAACGCUGUACGUCCCACAACCAACUCUGUACGUCCCACUACCAACGGUGUACGUCCCACUACCAACUCUGUACGUCCCACUACCAACGCUGUACGUCCCACUACCAACGGUGUACGUCCCACUACCAACUCUGUACGUCCCACUACCAACGCUGUACGUCCCACUACCAACGCUGUACGUCCCACUACCAACGGUGUACGUCCCACUACCAACGGUGUACGUCCCACUACCAACUCUGUACGUCCCACUACCAACGCUGUACGUCCCACUACCAACGCUGUACGUCCCUUUAUCAUCCUCGUACGUCGGCCCUAAAUCAAAUUUCCCGUCGCAUUGUUGA